AUGAUCCGGCACAUCCAGGGCGCUCUGGGCAUUCUCCUCCGCGAGGAUCUGGGCUAUGGUGCCGUGACGGACUGGAACUUUCACGAGCCCGAACGUCGCGAUUGCUUCUGUCUUAACCAGUUCAAUGUUAGGGAUUGUUCGGGCCAGGGGAUCUACAAGACGGCGGACGUGCUGAAGCACGACCCGCGGGGGCUGGCGUGCCCCAAGCUCAUUCCGGGCUGGAACACGGAUUUGACCAUGGAGCAGAUUAACCAGUUUCCCAUUCCGGUGGAUGAAUACACGCGGCUCAAGAAUAUUGUUCGGAUGAGUCCCUUCCAAACACGGCGAGCUUUCGUACUGGGUCAGGGGCUCUGGAACAACCUCGAUAUGGGACUCACCAAGGCCUGGCUCAACUCCGUCUUGGAAGUGACGAGGGAAGGGCCUAAUAAGGAGGCGCCAACGCUGCUGGUCACCCCGAAUGCAUCCGGAAAGUACAAGCAGGACAAGUGGAUAGUUACUCAGGGGACCAAGGCAUUGGCCAUAUUCGAGGAGGAGAUGGGGCAUGUCGCUGAGACGUAUGGGAUAGAUUCCCUAGGGACGUGGAAUAUGAGCAUUCAAGCUACGCUUUACGACGGAGUACACUUGGACAUGCGAGGGAACCUCUUGAAGGCUAUGAUGGUGAUGAAUUGGCUGGCAGCUUUGGAAGCGUGA